AUGCGCUCCUUCACCAACGCUCUGCUGGCUGGCGCCGCAGCCUCCACUGUCUUUGCUCAGGACGCCUUGGACUACGUCCAGAACUACAACGGCGACCUCGCCGCUUUCGACUACGACGAGAGCGCGGGCACCUACAGCGCCAACUGGAACAACCCGGGCGACUUCGUUGUUGGUCUCGGUUGGACCACCGGCACUGCUCGUGACAUCACCUACGAUGCCACCUACAGCGCGUCUGGCUCCGGCAGCUACCUCGCCGUCUACGGCUGGGUCAACGAGCCCCAAGCCGAAUACUACGUCGUCGAGUCCUACGGCUCCUACGACCCCUGCUCCGGCAGCGGCGCCACCAGCCAAGGCACCAUAGAGUCCGACGGCGGCACCUACACCAUGUGCACCGACACCCGCACGAACCAGCCUUCCAUCACUGGCACCAGCACCUUCACUCAGUACUGGUCUGUCCGCCAGUCUCAGCGCACCAGCGGGACUGUGACCAUGGCCAACCACUUCCAGGCCUGGGCAAAGUUUGGAUUCGGCAACAGCGACUUCAACUUCCAAGUCAUGGCUGUUGAGGCGUUCUCCGGCGCCGGUACCGCCAGCGUUACCGUUGGUGGCUCUGCUUCUGGUGGUGCCUCGAACUCUGAAUCAGCUGUUGCUUCCGCUCCUGUGGCUUCUGCUUCCGCUGCUUAUAGUGGUAUUGCCAGCGGCUCCCCAGCAAGCUCCGCCGCGCCAGUCUUCAGCAGUGCUCCCGCUUCGUCUGCUGCCCCGGCAAGCUCCUACGCCAUCCCAAGCGGUGUGUCCGGCGGAAGCCCAGCGAGCUCUGCCGCCCCGGUUUCCAGCGGCUACCUAGCCCCUUCGGCUUCCGCUGCUCCUUCCAGCUCCUACGCUGCUCCAUCUGCCUCGUCGUCUGUCGCCGCUGCUCCCUCUGGCUGCGUCGUGCAGUACUUCUACGCUUAA